AUGGAGCUCAAGUGCCUUUUGAUGUGGCUCAUGUUUGGAUCCAUCAAGGGGAGCAGAACAGAAGAAUGCCCACUUCUCCAAAGAAUUGAAUUUGCUGAUGUUGCUGCUGAAACUUACCCGUUGGGGAGCAGACUCUAUUAUGAAUGUGACGAUGGCUAUGGGAGAAGAAGCGGGCAGUACCCGGGAAUUGAAUGUCGGAACACAAGUGGGAUUGCUGACUGGUUUUACCGGAAGUUUGAAUGCAUUCAAAAGAAGGUUUUGUUGUCGGCAGCUCCCAUGGUGGAGUUAGAAUUUACACAGAAGCCAGAAAGAGAAACACAGAGUCCUGCACCCAAAGAACAAGAAAACGUUCCAGAAUUUGACCGUAAAGCUUUUUGUGGGGUGCCCAAGACUAUUCCACAUGCCUCUUUAAGACGGAAGGAACGGUAUAAUGUGGGGCAAGUACUACAUUUCAAGUGUCAGAGAGGUUAUGACAAGCGAUCUCCCACCUCGGGCACGAGCACAUGCAAGAAGGUGAAUGGCAAAAUCAUCUGGACCCACCUUGACAUGCGAUGUACCAACAGCAGUAGCCAUAAGGAUGAGUGGCCAUCACAGAUUAUCAAAUCAGGUACAACUUAUCCAUCCUUUUCCUCAUCUAUGAUACUACUAGUGACAGCUAUCUUUUUUGUUCUACUUCUCAUUCCUGCCAUCUUUGUAUGA